AUGGCAUCCUCUGGCCCCGUAUCUUUCAUCUACCAAGGCGAAGAUGAAGACAGUGAUGUACCAGCAACUGUGAAUGAUGUGGAGGUGGCGUCUCAUGUCACUAGCAUUCACUCCGCAGCCUUCCACAACUAUAUUUCAUUGACAAUAGUUCGUUUGCCACUGGGCCUAAAGGUGAUUGAGGAGAAUGCUUUCAACAACUGCCAAGCUCUCAAGACAAUUUCAAUUCCUUCGUCAGUGGGAAUCAUUCAAUCAGGCGCCUUUUGUGAUUGUAAAUCUUUGGAGACUGCGGGUCUUCCAGAAGGUUUGACGGCGAUUCCUCAUGCUUGCUUUAUGCGUUGUGUCUCCUUGGUCAAGGUCAAUAUUCCAUCUACCGUGGUGGAGAUUGGAGUCAAUGCCUUUUGGGAUUGUCAAGCGCUACGCUACGUGGAACUUCCGAUGGGGCUGGAAACCAUUGAAUCGGGAGCUUUUGGGCACUGUUGGGGUUUGUCUCGGGUACUUGUGCCAUCCUCGGUCAUAUACAUUGGUUUGAUGGCCUUUACGGGCUGUGGUAGCCUUGAGACAGUAGAGAUAUCUAUUGAAUCUAAUGCGCUCCAAUCGAUUCGGCGAAAUGCGUUUCAAAAUUGCUAUUCUCUCAUCUGUGUGGCUCUUCCCAAAUCCUGUGAUGUGAACCCAUCGGCAUUCCUCCACUGCGAAGCGUUGGUGAAUGCUUUUGAAAGGCAUGGCUACGCUCUGAAUGGCUGCCUGAGUAAUCGAUUUGAUGGUCUGCCGGCUCAUAAGUUCGUUUAUCAGCAGGCUCAUAAUAUUUCCACGUUCGACAGUGACGAUGUCAGCGAUCUGAAAGACAACAGAACGAUCUAUCCGACAGACACCAAAGACGUCUUUGGCUUGACACCAUUUCACAUCUUGGCACUGUCGUCAAGACCUAACGUUGAGACAUUUCAGUUUCUUCUGAAACAGGCAUCAUUUCUUAUCGACCAGCUUUGGCAUUUUGAUGUGAAAGGAAAGACUGCAUUGAGAUAUGCAAUCGGGAGCUACGCACCAGGGGCUAUGGUAUUCGUUAAUGCUGUGCUUCACGCCAUGAUAGAUGGACGGGUAGUUUGUCUAAGUUUCGAGCCUUGGAGAUUGAAGAUUGCCCAGAAACUGAACAGACUCACCGAGGAAGAUGUUCCUGAAGAAAGGGAAGAUAAGAUUCAUGGCUUGUUUGCUUUGAUUCACUUGUAUGAGCGAAAGGAGACGUUAUCGCUACUGGACCAAGCUGUUUGGAAGCACAGAAUGCGGCAAUCCAACAAGGAAUUGGCUGCUGGGGAAAGAGAGGAGAAUGCGAUACGACCCAAAAUGGAUCUGGACGUCUCGCCCAUCAAUGACAUCAGAGUGCGCGUCAUUGAUCGUCAGGCUUGCUAUCUGCACUCUGGUGCGGAAACGAUUCUCGACAACACUCUUCCAUAUCUUGCACCAAUUACAAAAACUAUAGCAUUUUGA